AUGCCUGACGAUGCUUACGGACACCAGACGCAGCCAGCAUAUUCCAUCCAUACCGAGCAGCCUGCUGAUAAUUCACCCAGCGACUCUGAGCCGAAUGAGCGUGUGUCAAGUAUUCUUGAUGACAUCAUGACAGCACACAGGCCGCCCGAGUCCAUGGAUAGCAUAGAUUACAGCUACAUCUACAUGCGGCUGCGGUCGAUCCGAGAUCUGACGGAGAGGGCACGGCUUGAGGCUGAACAGCGGCGACAGCAGGAGCAAGAUCAGCAGGCGGCAGUGACUGAUCAGCCGCCUACGGCCCGGCGGUCGCGAGCUGAGCAUGCCAAUAUUGCGGGAGGUCAGGCUGCAGGCGAGCUGCCCAGACACCUGCGCCGGCGGGCGACGCUGGAACGCGAAUCGGCACAGUCACCAACGCAGCAGCUGUCAUUUUCCACCUUUUCGGCAUGA